UCAACAGCAAAAAUUUCACCACUCGAAGUAAUAACCAGAUCUAGUUUCAACAUGAACGGUCGCAGAAAUGGAACGUCAAUGCGAAAUGCGUCCAAAUUCACCACUUCAAGCAGGAAAUCGGUCAUUCAGGGUACAAAAAAUUUCGUCUGGGAUCGGGAAGAUCUCUCAUCCAACUUGCCGUACAGGAACCGCAACUACGAGAUCCCUUUCAAUCGACCACCGAACGAAAUCAACUUUCUGGGCGGAUUGGGCAGCAAGAAACCCCACUACCGUUCCAAGGUUCACCCGCAGAGAUUUUCCACCGUUCAGAAGCUGAUGAGGAUGCGAACAUCCAAUCGAGUACUGGAGACACUGACGGAGGAUUUACGCCAGGUGAACUUGUGUCGCCGUGGCAACGAAACUUGGUCGAAGGACAGAAACAUAGAAGCUUUCAUCAAAAAGAUGACCGAUGAGUUGCAGUUGGCCGGUAAUAUCGAGAAAUCAACGCCCUCGGAACAAUCGGAGGCGCAAUGUCAGGUGAAUAGUAAAACGAACUUGUCCGAUAAUGAUUACAAGGUGAUGAUCAAGAAGUUGGAUAAGAUGCUAUUGGAUGAACAUCGUCCGAGUGCUGCACAGGGAUCUUCCUUUAGAGAUUGGGCUACACGAGAAAGGCAUUAUUUUAAGAACAAAAGUAAUUUCGACACUAUCAAGCGUGAGAAGGAUAUGAUGGAGUCGGAGUUGGGUUCGUCGGUGGACACUAAACCACAUGACUACAUUUCCAAUGAAGGAAAACGGAUGACGAAGUUACGCAAAACAACAAAGAUUCCACACGUUGAAGGUCACAUGUAUGGACCAUUCACGAAACUACCACGCUUGGAUCCGCUUCUAGAGAGCGAGACUAAAUUUGGAAUUCCGUUGAGCCUACUGGUGAGAUCCUAUCGCGAAAUGGACUCCGUGAAGGAAGGGGAACGAAACCUCAUCAACACUAGACUGGCCCACAUGAGAAUCCCUCUUUGCCCCAAGAGCAGUGACGAAUCAUCGGAUGGCGAAGAUAAGAUGGAGGAAGUCAAAAUACUUUCGUUCCUAAGAACACCGUAUUUUCGUAUACCCACCGUCAAAACUCAACGAAAGCGACGGAAAGAUCGCCUCCGAAGCCGUUGGUUGAAGAAAGAUCGUCUGAAACGAAUCACAAUGUUGCUGUACGAUCGGUCUGAGGAAAAUUUAAAGAUGAAGAAAUUAGACCGCCGAUCGGACUUGGAAAGCGGUAGAUCACCGAAAGAGACUAAUAAAUCUCCUCUCAAGCAACCGGAUGGUCAGCCGGAAAUAUCGGAGAAACGGAAACGCUACCACGAGUUCAUUCAGGAAAAAUCCCUCGAGUAUCGCCGACUGUACGAUGAGUGUUUGCAGAAAAAACUAACGAGCUUCCAAGAUUUCAAGCAACUGGAACCUACUGUGGAUGAUUCAGACAACGCCAGAUCAAGGUCGAGAUUGCGCCAGCUUAAGGUACCGGAAGAACCUAAGGAUGCUCCGGAAAGGGCAGAACUCAAGCUUCCGUUCAAUCGAUUUAAAAGUUUGUCCAGAAGCGAUGGAUUGCUCGGAGCAUUCUACAUCGAUCCGGAUUUUCAGGAUAAGGCAAAGGAUUUGAAGAGAUAUAAGACAACCUCUAAAUAUUAUACGAGUCUGAUGCGUGAGCGUACUAAUGUACGCGAUCGAUUACAGGUCAAUGCGCCGGACUUCGAAGAAGAGCAACUUGGUUUCAAGACUAAAUUUUUCAACCGACUGGCUACCGAAUGGGACAAUUACUACAUUCACGAGCUUCGCUACCGACCCCGGGUGCGAAAGUUUUGCCCCAAAACGGACAUUCUGAAUAUGCGAGAUCAGCGACGCAAAACCUUCCUACAGUACUACAUAGCAGAGAAUCUGCUGAAAAUUCGCGAGAGACAGCGGUUGGAGGAGAAGUUUGCCAAUUGGAUCAAAGAUUUCUGCAAUGAGGCAAAACCACUGUUCAAGGUUUGGAAAGACGAUGCGUACGAUAAAGUUCUGGAUGUGUCCGAGCGAGCAAAGGAAGCUCAACAGGAAACCAAACGACUGAAAAAUAUACUGAAAGAUAGGCAGAACAAGGUUGAUGUUUUGACGGAAAAGAUUCUUCUGUUGGAGAAACGAUGGACAAGCAUUAUGCACAUCAGAAACUAUUACUAUUUACUUAUGGAUCCUCAAUGGAGACUUGAAAACGAUCAUCUACACAGAGACCCAGAUGGAUCCCUAAGCUCAGUUUCAGCUAGUGUCGAAAACUGCAAAUCGCUCUUCAUCCGCACUGGAGGACCAAAUAUCGGAACAGAGAUAGCGGCCUUCUAUACGGAACGGAUCUUUCCGCAGUUGGAGAAACAGCCCAACUGUACGCCGGAACUGGAGUUGCUGAUGAAAGGCCUGGGCCAAAUCAACCAUCGCACGAUUGAAUUGAUUCAGAAAUACAAUCAAAAACUGAUGAUUUUCAGCCAGAUUGACUACAACUACAAGGCAGUGCUGGAUGAGUUUCCCAGAUAUUUCAGCAAUCACAACUACAUGCUGGAAUUGUAUAGUAAGAAGAUUGCAACGAUACAACGGAAGAAUGAUUCUAUGAAGGAACAGAUGAACCAGUUGCUUGGGAAUCCACUGAAGAAAUGUGUUAGCAACAAAACUAUGAGAGUUACAUCGACCAUAUUGGGACAAUUAUACGAUUUUUUCCGCAAAUCGAAGAAUCUCGGUAAAGAAAUUGUUGAGAUCAGCAAUAUGGAAAAAUUGUCUACCAUUCAUCAGUUUAUCAUGGAUCUCUUAGCCAAUCUCGACAAACUUCCGCUGGAUAUUUUAAAAGAGUCUGAGUUGGAAGCUCGAAAAAAUAGAAAAUUGGAACUCCGACAAGCCAACGAUGCAUUCAAAAGAAAGGAAGUUUUCGAUCUGCUUCGCAAACAGUUGAGAUUGCACGUAAAGAAGUAACAUUAUCUAUAAAGUAUAUAAAAACAGAAAAUAAAUCCAU